GGAAAAAUGAAUCAAAUUAGGGCUUCAAAUCUAGGCUGAAUUGAUCCGAUUGCCUCUCUCGAAAAUUUGCUCUCAGAUUGCAGCCUUCUCGUGGUCGAUCUCCACUUCCUCAACGACGUCUCCUUGAUGAUUCUUGCUGCAGAUCUGGAUGGGGCAUGAAAGUAAUGGGAUUUGUGUUGGAGUGAUUGGACGAGGAAUUAUUGAUGGAAAUUAGGAGAAAGAAGUAUGGCGGUGUCGAAAGUCCUGGCAGAAACCGUUCUUUGGAUGUAAAUAGCUUUAAUGAAUCUAGGAUCACUAGAAAGGGAAAGGGCAAGAGCAAAGUUUUAGAUGAGGAUGAUCAGGAAGGUGUGACAGAGAAGAAGAGGAAGAGGAGGCAGGAUGUUUCGUCGAGCACUUUGGAGUUUGAUGCUAAGGAAAAGAGGAAGGAAGAUGUAAAACGUGCGAAACCAGAAGUAGGUUUUAAGAAAAAAUCUACCGGUGGGAGUAGAGAAUUGCAUGGAAUCUUGGUAGAUUUGGGAGAUGAUCAAAGUGCUUUUAAUGUUCCAAAGCGGCCACGUGGCUCGAUGGGGCAUAAAAAGUUGGAAAGUGAUCAAGCGUUGAAGCAGCUGAAAAAUUCCAAAUCUGCUAAAGCAUUUAAAGCGAGAGUAACUAAAUUUAAUGAUGACGUUGGGGACAAUGAUCAGAUGGUUCAGUCAGCUACUGAUUCGGUCGAUAAUAAGGCUGUUUCAGAUUUGAAACAUGCAGGAAAAGGUAUUGGUUCAAACGCAAAAUUGAAAAGGACAACAGACACUGAAUCUAUCACAAGCUUCAGUAGUUCUGAUGUAAAAUUAAAGCAGAAAGCAAGGAAUGAUGAUGUCAAGAAAACUAGAAAAGGUCUAUCAGCAGCGAAUGAAUAUAGUCUAAUUAAACAUAGUGGAGAUACGCCGUCAAAAAAGCAGCAGAGCAGCAGGUGGAAAAAGGGUUUAGCAGUUGAAGGAGAUAGUACCUCUACGAAAAAACUCAAGCCUUCUGUUGGUAGUUCAAACUCCAAUAUCUCUUACAAUGAAGUCCGAGAGGAUGAUGAUGAGGAUGAAGAAAACCUCGAACAGAAUGCUGCAAGAAUGCUAUCUUCUCGAUUUGAUCCAAGUUGUACUGGUUUCUCAUCUAAGAGAAAAUCUUCAGCAUCUCCAAUAGAAAAUGGAUUUUCUCACCAAGUCUCAUCUGGCCAGAAUUCUAGAAGAUCGGCUAACUCAUUGGGUGCUGAGGAGUCUGCAUCUGAUGAUGAUAAGACCAGAGUACUUAGACCCCGAAGAGAAGGUAAAUCUAGGGGUGUGUCAAGAAAACGCCGGCAUUUUUAUGACAUUCUUCCCCGAGAUUUCGACCCACACUGGGUAUUAAACCGGAGAAUCAAACUCUUCUGGCCAUUGGAUGACUGCUGGUACUCUGGCCUUGUGAAUGAUUAUCAAACAGAAACUAAACUUCACCAUGUAAAGUAUGAUGACCGAGAUGAGGAAUGGGUUGAUCUUCAAGAAGAGAACUUCAAACUUUUGCUUUUCCCUAGUGAGGUUCCUGGAAAAGCAAAAUCUAGAAAACGAUUGGCCAAGGACAAAGAUCUGCGAGUUGGAGAAGAUUCUGAGUCCAUUGCAUCAUGGUUGGCUAACCAAUCUCGACAUGCCAAUAAUUUGACUAAAUCCUUGAAAAAACAAAAGAUUUCGAAACAAAACCUGCCUUUGGCCUCCUUAUUGUUGUCUGAGAAAUCUGACAAGUCUAAUCACGACAUGGCCUGCUCAAAUAAAACUAGAACCAAGCCCAAUAGUAAUUCUCAAACAGACGAUAAUUUAAUUGUCCAUGAAAGGGCUAAUAGGUCUCUGGCACGAACUACCAGCAGCACCAGAAGUAACAUACAAAUGGUUUAUUUAAGAAAGAAGUAUCGCAAGAAAUGUGAAGGAAGUGGCCUUGUGUCUAGAGAUGUCAAAGCAUGUGGAUGGGCUGAUGAGUUUUCUCACAGUUGCGUGGACUCUAAAACGAAACCGCGGUCAUUAAAUGAUGUUUUUCUGGAGUCAAAAGAAUUCAGAUUUAAGAUAUCACUACUUUUACCAUCAUUUCGGGAGUAUUUACGUCCGCCAGUGGUUUUUAAAAUGUUUAAUGAGAUGUUUGUUCUUCGACAUGGGAUGUUGGUGCCUACUUCUUCUGCCAUAAGUCUGGAGAUUCUCUUCAUUGAUAGUAAGUUUGGGUUGAGAGUUUUCUUAUUUGAAGGCUUUCUUAGAGAGGCCUUAGUAUUUCUCUUUUCUGUGUCCAGUCAAUUAGGCGAAAAUUGGAAUGGUGACUUGGGAUUUCCAGUGACCUCAAUGAGGUUCAGACUUUCUAGUUUGUUAAAUCGGAGGAAGCAUGUAUUUACUGUUCACAAAUUUGCCGUAUUACAGAGUUCAGAGUGGCUUUAUGUGAACUCGCAGAUCCUGCAGCAUUGCAGUCUUGUCAAGCAAAUACCGGCCUCAGAGUGCACGUAUGACAAUUGUUUCAAGGAGAAGUUUGUGCAGGAUAUAAUGCCAAGGGGCAUUUCCGGAGAAACCUGUAAUUCAAGGACAUACCAUUGCUCUUUUAAUCUGGUUGCAAGCCCUCGAGAAGUUCCAGAAGUCACUCUCUCUGUUUCAGAUGCACCGACUUUCUUUUUCACUCUGCAUCUCCACUUACUUGUUAAAGGCAACUUUGCUUCAGUCAAUCACCAACACCAGGAUGCAUUGCCUUCCUCCGAAAAUUUAGAAAACAGAGGUCAAUCUGCUGCAGAAUGUGCUCAUGUUGAGCCCAGCAUGGUUGAGACUGAAGAUGUCACUGCUCAGCAUAACAUCAGAAAAUUCGACAAGGAAGCUCCUACGUGCAAGGGUGUUUCAAGCUACCAAGAAGAUUUGAGGAAGGACAGCUUGGCAAACAAUUCAACUGGGAACAUCAACUCUGUUUGUUUGAAGGAGUCUAUUAAAAUUGCACCUCAAGGAAAUGGGCAAACUGAGGAUUUUGAGUCCGAGAAGAAGGUGUAUGAACAGGAUCUACCAUUGUCACCUAUGUCCAUUCAAGGCGACUCCACGUCAAGUUCUAGUCAUGUUGACAUUCCAACUUUUGGACAUGUUAAUUUGUCUUCUGAUGUGGACCAGCAUGCCAGGAAUGUCUCUGUUCACGACUGCUACCCUGGUGGGUCGAGAAGUUCAUCUAAACAUGGUAGAAGCAGCUCACGCUCUUCUAUUCUUGGACGUCACUCUCAGAUACAGUCUAAUGUGAAGUUAAACUUCAUGUCCACUGGAUUCAGUAAUGGACCAAAGAAGCCACGCACUCGUUUUCAGUACAUGAUGCCCCUUUCAAGCUACGAUUCAAAUGCGAAACAAAAAACGCCGAACCUGGUCUCUCCACCCUGCAAACGUAUUAGGCGAGCUAGUGUGAAGAAGAUGCCGGAUGGCUCUGGGAAUAGCCAGAAAAACUUGGAGUUGUCAACUUGUAUUGCAAAUCUUCUAGUCACUCAUGGGGACAAAGGAUGGAGAGAAUCUGGCGUUAAUAUUGUCUUGGAAGCUGCCGAUCAUAAGGAAUGGAGGUUGAGCGUCAAACUUGGCGUGGUUUCAAAAUAUUCAUACAAAGUAAAACAUAUUUUGCAACCUGGAUCGACUAACCGCUACUCCAAUGCUAUGAUGUGGAAGGGAGGGAAGGACUGGGUGCUGGAAUUUCCGGACCGGAGCCAGUGGAUGCUUUUCAAGGAUAUGCACGAGGAGUGUUACAAUAGGAAUAUUCGUGCGGCUUCUGUGAAGAACAUUCCCAUUCCUGGGGUCCGGCUGGUUGAGGAGAGCAAUGAAUAUGGAACUGAUACGCCCUUUAUUCGCCCAGCAAAGUAUUUCCAGCAGGUUCAAACUGAUGCUGAAAUGGCACUGGAUCCUUCAAGAAUUUCGUAUGACAUUGACAGUGAUGACGAACAGUGGUUGACGGAAAUAAAAAUUACAAACCAACAUAAGUAUGAAGAGAUAUCUGAGGAAUUUUUGGAAAGGGCAAUGGAUAUGUUUGAAAAAGUAUCGUAUACUCAGCAUUGUGACAAUCUGACAAAUGCUGAAGUCGAAAAACAUGUGAAGGGGAUAGGGCCGGUAGAAGCUGGUAAAAUUGUAUACGAAUAUUGGCGAUUGAAGCGGGAAAAGAAAGGCAUGCCAUUGAUAAGACCUCUACAGCCUCCUCUAUGGCAAAGGUAUCAACAGCAGCUGAAGGAGUGGGAGCGCGCUGUUGCGCAGAGGAGUUACGCCGCGACCAUUAGCAGUCAAGAAAAGAUCCCUCCACCCGAAAAGCCGGCCAUGUUUGCAUUCUGCCUAAGACCCCGUCGAAUGGACGUCACGAACAAAAGCUCGAAACAGCGGUCUCAUAAAAAAUCCCAAGUUUCAGGUCAUCGCCAUGCUUCGCGGCGCGAUCGUUACGGUCUAUUUCCUUUCGGAAGCAGACGAGCAAUCGAACACCCUUUAAGAGAUGACAAAUUCCUAUACGCUACCGGAAUUCUCAACUCUUCUUUUCCAUCUUCACCCCUGGCCGGCACCGGAAGGAUACUGUCUCCACGGGAGGGUCGAUUCUUUUGGAGCACCAAUAUUUCCGAUCGGAAGGUUAGCUCGAACACCUACAAGAGAAAGUCGAAGAACCUCGGAAACAUAUACAACGAACAGAAUUCGAACAUGGGCUCUACAGAUUACUCCCCUCGGAGACCAUUGCAAUAUCAUCGUCGGGGACCAUAUCCUAAAAUUCUGACACAAUUGGAUCCUUCCCAUCUCGACGACUUCCGGUUGCGCGAUGCGUCGAGCGCAGCUCGACACGCUCGUAACAUGGCUAAGCUCAAGAGGGAGAGGGCUCAAAGAUUGCUCCACAGAGCAGACUUAGCUGUCCACAAAGCCGUCGUUGCCCUGAUGACAGCGGAGGCAAUGAAAAACGCAAAAGUCGAGUAGCCAAGGCUCGAUCGAAGAAGAUGGCCUACAACUCUCGUCGACAAAUCUACCAUCAGGCGUCGCUCUUUCGCCCGAGCUUCAUGUUUCGUCUUUUUAUUCGAACUUGGCGACGAUGAUCUUCUCAAGGAUCGGAUCAUCGAAUUUUUCGUCGUCGUCAUCGGGAACGGUGUGUAAAUAAUUUUCAGGCCAUUUUUUUUUUGGUUUUGUGAUUGUUCUGGGUCAAAUUGUUAGCUGAAAUGAUGCUAAUGCUAGAGGGUAAUACUGAAGUAGCCAAUUGCUCAAAUAAUUCUGGACUUAUUAUUCAGUGUUUUGAGUUCUUUGUUGUUGUUUUCAUUUAAUGUGUAAUAAAAAUCAAGGAACUGCAGGAUGAGGCCCUGGAGGGUAUUUAAUUUUGAGCGUUUGGAUUUGGGGGCGUGAAUGGGUCGGAUUGGGUCCGGAGUUGAAUUGCCACACCCGGAUCCGGAGUGGACAAGUCUGAACCCAAAUUCAUAUUGGAUUUCACCCGGUUCCAAUAUGGGUUUGAAUGUGGAUAAUGUUUUAUAGAAAUAUGUAGUAU